GAGUGUUCAAAACUUCAGGGUGAUGUGCUAAAAAAAUCAAAACACGUGUGUUGAAAUGAAAAUCUCCGGGAAAAAGAGGAAGAAUCAAUGGAAGGAAGUGAAAAUUGCCGGACAUCUGGCCACAGAUGAUACAAUUGGGAACUUGGAAGGCUUUAUUGGGCUGGAAGUGCUGGAAAACUAUGACAAUAGCUUUGUUGUAAAGGGAAAAUCUGGGAAAAAGAGGAAGAUGAGGGAUGAUGAAGAAGACAAGAGAAAGUCCAAAAAGAAGAACAAGAAAUCCAUUAGGCAAAAUAUCGCAGAAGAGUCCUCCAGUGAAGUUGAUGAAGAUGAUGAGGAAGAAGAUAAAGAUUCAAACAUUGGAAGAUUCGUAAGGAUUUCCCAGGACUCAGGUCAAAUGGAGGAUCUCCUAGACAUUGAUGAUCUCGAGGAAUGGCAAAACUUUGGCUUAAAGGAACCCCUCUUGCAAGCUAUUGCUGAGAAUGGUUUCAAGAAGCCAACGGAGAUUCAACGAUUAACCCUUCCAGCAGCUAUAAUGGGACGUCGAGAUAUCCUGGGAGCUGCUGAAACAGGCAGUGGGAAGACCCUUGCAUUUGGAUUACCAAUUCUCAAUGGAAUUCUCGAGCUGAAGGAGAGAGAAAUGCAAAAUUCAAAUGCAAAGUUACGGAAAAAUGUUGAAAUUGUACGAAACCGGAAGGACAGGGAUAAUCUCACGCCACCGCCGGAGGAGUUAUCGGAUGAGGAGGAAAAUGGGGAAUCUGUGGGGCCUGAGAAGAGGCUCUAUGCACUAAUUUUGACCCCAACACGUGAGCUUGCUGUCCAGGUGAGGGAUCACAUCAAAGCCAUGGCUGUUCACACGGGAAUCCGCACGGUGGGCAUCUUUGGGGGGCUGGCCCUUGUAAAACAGGUGCGUUUGCUUCGUCAAUGCCCGGAGAUUGUUGUGGCUACCCCAGGGAGAUUCUGGGAAUUGCUGAAGGAAGGAAAUUCACAUCUCAAUAAGGUCGAUGACAUCAGUUUCCUGGCUAUCGAUGAGACGGAUCGGAUGAUGGAAAAGGGACACUUUGACGAGCUGACGCAUCUUCUUGAGCGUAUCAAUAGGAAUGUAGAGAAGAAGGCACAGCGCCAGAACUUUGUCUUCUCCGCCACAUUGACGCUUGUUCACGAUCUUCCGGAAUACGUGAAGUUUAAGAGCUUGGGACGUGGGAAGAAGGCCCAGAAGAUAACGUCUGAGAAGAAAUUGGAAUCCCUCAUUGAGAUUCUGGGAAUUUCGCAGCCAAAAGUGGUGGAUAUUAGCAAAGAGAGAGGCACAGCUGAGCAAUUGACUGAAUGUCGCAUUGUGUGCUCCCUCACUGAGAAGGAUUUCUACCUGUACUACUUCCUGCAAUGCCAUCCGGGAAGGACGAUGGUUUUCUGCAAUUCCAUCGACUGUGUUCGUCGAUUGGCGCAUCUCUUUGGGCUCCUGAACUGCCGUGCAUUGCCCUUGCACGCCAGCAUGGCUCAGAAGCAGCGUCUAAAGAACCUCGAUCGUUUCCGGCAGGAUCCGGAAGGAUUAUUAAUUGCCACGGAUGUGGCUGCACGGGGAUUGGACAUUCCUCAGGUGCAACAUGUGAUUCACUAUCAAGUUCCCAGAACUUCUGAGAACUACGUCCAUCGUUCCGGAAGGACAGCCAGGGCAACCAAUGAGGGUAUUACCAUCCUCCUCAUGGAACCCGGUGAAGUGGAUAACUACAGUCGACUCUGUCGCACCCUGGGACGCAGUGAGGAUCUUCCCGUCUUCCCGGUAACUCAGCGUUACCUCGCCGCAGUGAAGGAGCGCGUGAAUCUCGCCCGUGAAGUCGAUGAGAUGGAUCUGCGUGAGAGGAGGACGCAAAAGGAAACAGGAUGGCGUGAAAAGGCAGCACGAGAGCUGGAAGUUCUCAUCACGGAUUCCGAAAGUGACGACGAAGGCAAACAAACGAAGCAGAGGCAUGCAAUUGAGAAGAAGUAUCUGAAGGAGAAGCGCAAUCAGCUGAAUAAACUCCUCUCGACGCCACUCUUCCCAAAGGGCUACAGCUACAAAUACCCCACAGCUGGGGGGCAGCUGGAAAUGCCAACACUCGGUGGGCAGGAUGCAGUUAAGAUCAUGAAGGAAGCCAUCCAGAGGGGGAAGGAGUCUUCCAAAGUCAUCCGAAAGGCCAUGAAGAGCAAACAGGGGAAGAAGCAGAAAAAGCAGAAUGAGGAGAAAAAGGAAAAGGUGAAAAAAGUGCCUGGACAAUUUGUAAGAAAGCCCUAAAUGGAUAAAAACUAAGAAUAAAAAAUAUUUUAUUUCCCA